AUGGGUGCUUAUGAUGAUGUAGGUGUUUCUUUAAUGAUUCAUCUUAGAUGGAAGUUUAUUAAAAUGCAUAAGCCAUGGGAAAGAAUUAACGCAUUGGAUGCUAUGGUUUGGCUUAUAAUAAUAUUGGAUUAUUAUGAUAGUGAUGCCAAAUGGUAUUUCAAAUAUCGUACACCCCGCGGAAUUCAUGAUUUACAAGGAUUGAGAUCACGUGUUCAUAGAUGUUUUAAAGCAGCUGCUAGGGCAACCGGAUGUACAGAGGCAAGUGGGAUAAAAUGCCAUAGGAUCACCCAGAAGUUUAAGUAUUUUGACGUGAAAACAAAUGUUCCUUUGGGUAAAAGAUAUGAAGAACAUAUUAUGAGAAUUGAAACCUGUAAAGAGUUUAAGUCAAGAAUAGAACAAGAUAAUAUAGCCAUAGGUUUAACUUCAAGAAAACAUGACUUACCCGACCUCAAGAAAGUUAAAAAAGUUUUAACUUAUUAUGAUACUACUUGUUCGCUUAUCAUUAAUGAUAUAAAAAUAAAGAAAAUUAUACCAUAUUAUAAUAGAAUAAUUACAUAUUUUUUAAGUUGCGACUUUUGCGACUUGCGAAAAAUGGAGAUUACACAGUCGAAAAAUGAAUUAGGUGGUCCAUUAUUUUCGCAAAUAGCUGUAAAACAGGUACAAAGUAGGAACUUUUCCUAA